ACCCGUGGAUCUCUUCUCUGUGUUGCCAUGUCAGGUUAUUGACCCUGUAGCUCCCAGGUUCACAGCUCUGUCCAGCUCCUAUGUGGUUCCGGUUUCAGUCCCAGAGGCAACGGAGGAGAUGAAGGAGGUGGCCAAGCAUCCCAAGAACGAAGAGGUCGGCUUGAAGGAAGUUUGGUACGGACCUCGCGUUCUGAUUGAAGGAGCCGACGCCGAGACUUUGACAGAAGGAGAGACAGUCACUUUCAUCAACUGGGGCAACCUCAUCAUCACGAAGAUCAACAAAGCGCCGGACAGUAAAGUGGCGUCCAUUGAGGCUCGCCUGGACCUGGACAACAAGGACUACAAGAAGACAACUAAGAUCACCUGGCUGGCUGAAACGAGCAGCGCCCCUCUGCUGCCCGUCAUCUGCGUCAACUACCAGCCUCUCAUCACUAAAGCCGUCAUCACCAAAGACGACGACUUCAAAGAGUACAUCAACAAAAACAGCAAGCUGGAGGAGAAGAUGCUGGGAGAUCCGUGUCUGAAGAGCCUGAAGAAAGGAGACAUCAUCCAGCUCCAGAGGCGGGGCUUCUACAUCUGCGAUCAGCCGUACGAGCCAAUCAGUCCCAACAGCUGCAAGGAGAGUCCCUGUGUUCUCUUCUACAUCCCUGAUGGACACACCAAGGAGAUGCCGACGGCCGGGUCAAAGGACAAAAGCAAGAGCCAGGCCUCCAGCAACACACCUGCUAAGGUUUCCAAAGCUCCUUCCAGCUCCGUCUCUGCUCCUUCUCCGACCUCCGCCUCAGCCUCAGCAACUGACCUUUUCUCAAGCGUCGUAGCUCAAGGUGAAGCUGUCCGCAACCUAAAGGCUGCCAAAGCCUCCAAGGAGGAAGUCGAUAAGGCCGUCCAGCAGCUCCUCUCUCUGAAGGCUCAGUUUAAACAGCAGACAGGUGUAGACUACAAGCCAGGCAUGGCUCCGCCCACCUCCGCUCCAGCCACACCCGCUGCAUCUGCCCCAGCGGCGCCGGCAUCAGAGGCCACCGCCUGUCCGUACACCCGUGUUUCCCAACAGGGGGAGCUGGUGAGGAAACUGAAAGCAGAGAAAGCACCGAAGGACCAGAUUGAUGCUGCAGUGAAGCAGCUCCUGGCUCUCAAGGCGGAGUUCAAAGCGAUCACUGGUCAGGAUUACAAACCAGGGAUAGGCGCACCCACUUCCUCUGCCACCACCACUGUGACUUCCUCCUCCUCUUCUUCUUCCCCCUCUUCAUCCUCCUCUUCUUCUACUGGCCUGUAUGAGCGUGUCGCACUUCAGGGGGAAGUUGUGAGGAAACUGAAGUCUGAAAAAGCCUCCAAGGACAAGAUUGAUGCAGCGGUGAAGCAGCUGCUCGCCCUGAAAGAAGAGUACAAACAGGCCACAGGGCAGGACUACAAGCCAGGAGCAGGUCCCGCCCCCAGCCCCGCCCAGAAGACCGCUGCCCUGACCCAGAACAGCACCAGCCCCUCUCCCGCCGCCGCCACCGGCGUCUAUGGGAAGGUAGCUGAACAAGGAGAGCUGGUCAGGAAGCUGAAGACUGAAAAAGCCCCCAAAGACCAGGUGGACGCUGCUGUGAAGCAGCUGCUGGCUCUGAAGGCAGAGUACAAGCAGCAGACUGGACAGGAGUACAAGCCGGGCCUACAGGCCCCAGCCGGCCCGGCUCAGACUGGUGCCCAGUCCAGCACGCCACCGCAGGCUCAGGAACUCUACGCACUGGUGGCCCAGCAGGGGGAGCUGGUGAGGAAACUGAAGGCUGAGAAGGCUUCUAAGGAGCAGGUGGAUGAAGCCGUGAAGACUCUGCUGGACCUGAAGGGAAAGUACAAGUCUCUGACCGGAGAGGACUACAAACCGGUGGCUGCUGCUGGAGCCACUGGAGGAGAGGACAAGAACCGCAAGGAGAGGGAGAACAAGUCGGAGAAACAGGGAGGAGGAGGGAAGAAGGGAAAAGGAGACAAGGGAGGUCAAGGAAAGGAGUCGUCAGGAGGCGGAGCGGGUGGAGGAGAGGGCCAAGGCCCCAAGAAGCAGACACGGUUGGGUCUGGAAGCCAAGAAAGAGGAGAACCUUGCAGAUUGGUACUCUCAGGUCAUCACCAAGGCGGAGAUGAUCGAGUAUUACGACGUGAGCGGCUGCUACGUGCUGCGGCCGUGGGCCUACUCCAUCUGGGAGGCAAUUAAAGACUUCUUUGACAGGGAAAUUAAGAAGUUGGGCGUAGAGAACUGCUACUUCCCCAUGUUUGUCUCCCAAGCUGCCUUAGAGAAGGAAAAGUCUCACAUUGCAGAUUUCGCUCCCGAGGUUGCCUGGGUAACCCGUUCAGGAAAAACCGAGCUGGCUGAGCCCAUCGCUGUCAGACCCACCAGUGAGACAGUGAUGUAUCCUGCCUACGCUAAAUGGGUCCAGUCCCACAGGGAUCUGCCAAUCAAACUCAACCAGUGGUGUAACGUUGUGAGGUGGGAGUUCAAACACCCGCAGCCCUUCCUCAGGACACGAGAGUUCCUGUGGCAAGAGGGACACACGGCGUUUGCAACAAAGGAGGAGGCAGCCGAGGAGGUUUUGCAGAUCCUGGAUCUGUAUGCCAGGGUGUAUGAAGAGCUGAUGGCCAUCCCAGUGGUGAAGGGGAGGAAGACCGAGAAGGAGAAGUUUGCUGGAGGAGAUUACACCACCACAGUGGAGGCGUUCAUCUCCGCCAGCCACCGAGCCAUUCAGGGUGCUACAUCCCACCAUCUGGGUCAGAACUUCUCCAAGAUGUUUGAGAUUGCUUUUGAGGACCCCAAGAAGCCGGGCGAGAAGCAGCUGGCCUUCCAGAACUCCUGGGGCAUCACAACCAGGACCAUCGGCGUGCUCACCAUGGUUCACGGGGACAACAUGGGACUCGUCCUUCCACCCAGGGUGGCCUGCUUGCAGGUUGUCAUCAUUCCAUGUGGGAUCACUGCGUCCCUGCCGGAGCAGGACAAGGAGGCCCUGUUGGCCCAGUGCUCCAAAUACCUGAGCAGGCUGCUGGACGCCGGCGUCAGAGUGAAGAGCGACACGCGAGACAACUACUCUCCAGGAUGGAAGUUCAACCACUGGGAGCUAAAGGGAGUCCCCAUCCGUCUGGAAGUGGGGCCCAAAGACAUGCAGCAGAAGCAGUGUGUCGCAGUGAGGAGAGACACGGGCGCCAAGGUGACGAUCCCAGAGGCUGAGGUGGAGAAAAGACUGCUGGGCAUGUUGGAGGACAUCCAGAACAACCUGUUUAAGAAAGCUUCAGACGACCUGAAGUCCCACAUGGUGGCUGUAGACACGAUGGAGGCGUUCCAGAAAGAGUUGGACCAGGGCAAGAUUGUUCAGAUUCCUUUCUGUGGAGGAAUUGAAUGUGAGGACUGGAUCAAGAAGACCACUGCCAAGGACCAGGACCUGGAGCCCGGAGCUCCGUCAAUGGGAGCUAAAAGCCUGUGCAUCCCCUUCUCUCCCAUUAAAACCCUUCAGCCAGGUCAGAUGUGCGUCAGCGGCAAGGAGCCUGCACAGUUCUACACUUUGUUCGGACGCAGCUACUAAACAUCUGCUCUUUCAAAAUGGCUUCCUGCUAGAAAAAGGGCUGCCCCACAUUCUUUAACACGUCUAACCUAUGUGAGGAGGCUGACUUGUGCGUUUCAAAUUUAAAAUAUGUAUGUUUAUUUUAUUUUAUUUUUUACAUGUUGUGAGAUGAUCGAAGGGAAAUUAGGGGUCCAGGAAUUGUUUACUCUUAGAAUUUGGUUAUAAUCCUUUAAAACAAUGGCAGUCCUGGGCACAGCCCAGGCUUUCUAACAGGCAGAAUGGUUGCUCUCUCUGAGGUAUUUUCUUGAAUAAAACUGUAAUCAAUGUCAUAGUUUUGGUCAUAACUUCUCUGUCUAUUUGGUUUGGGGUUUUCGAAAUCUGAAAAACACUAAAAAUGGCAAGUAGCAAUGAAAUUUUACUCUCCACUUCUAUCAGAGGAAAAGCCUGCCAACUCUCACUCACAGAUGAACUGUCUCAGGAACUUGGCGAGUAUUAAGACUUGGGGUGGGUGUGUAAUUCUCACAGGUGUGUCAGCUUUGCUGUUUAUCCAGUUCCAUCGUGUUGGCUCAUUGUGAUCUUCUGAAGCCUACAGAAUGUGUAACUAUGGUGAAAUACCAAUAUAGUGCAAAGUCAAUGAUGUCGCUCCCUACCACUUUUAUCCCACAAAAUAUCUUUGCAGUCAGUACAAUAAACCAAUUUCCACUGCAAA